UGGGCUCUGGGGGAAGGUUCUAGCGGCCGCAGGAGGCCGCCCGACCUCUUUUCCUAGAAGGCUGGUGAUGGAUCUUCUGCUUCUGCACCCGCUGGGGCACUUGGAGCGCGCUGGUGGCGCGUGAGCCGGGCACUGCCCUCCGCCGCCCGCGGCCAGCGUCCGGCCAGCCCCGCCUGCAGCCGAGCCUGAGCCCCCUUCCUUUCCCGGUUCCAAGUCGCCAGCGUCCCGAGAGCGGGAAGAGCGUGGUCCUCAGGCACGGUCCCGCCGAGAUGUCCGCGCAGAGCCUGCUCCACAGUGUCUUCUCCUGCUCCUCGCCAGCCUCGGGCGGCGCGGCCUCGGCCAAGGGCUUCUCCAAGAGGAAGCUGCGCCAGACCCGCAGCUUGGACCCGGCCCUGAUCGGCGGCUGCGGGGGCGAGGCGGGCGUGGAGGGCAGCUCGCGGGGCGCCACCGCGGGUCGCCUCUGCUCCCCGCUGCCCGCGGCCGAGGGUCUCGGCCCCAGAUCGGCGUCCUCUCCUCGGGGCCCACACCCCCGGGCCAACCGACUCCCACCCCCUAGACCCCUCUGCUCAUCCUUCUCCACGCCCAGCACUCCGCUGGAGAAGUCACCGUCUGGCAGCUUCCACUUUGAGUAUGAGGUCCCCCUGGGUCGCAGUGGCCUCAAGAAGAGCAUGGCCUGGGACCUGCCUUCAGUCUUGGCCGGGCCCGGCAGCGGCCGCAGCGCCAUCCUCUGCUCCUCCGGGGGUGGCCCUAAUGGCAUCUUCACUUCUCCCAGGAGGUGGCUCCAGCAGAGGAAGUUCCAGUCCCCCCCCAACAGCCACAGCCACCCCUACGUUGUGUGGAAGUCCGAGGGUGACUUCACCUGGAACAGCAUGUCGGGCCGCAGCGUGCGCCUGAGAUCUGUCCCCAUCCAGAGUCUCUCGGAGCUGGAGCGAGCCCGGCUGCAGGAAGUGGCUUUUUAUCAACUGCAGCAGGACUGUGACCUGAGCUGUCCCAUCACCAUCCCCAAAGAUGGACAGAAGAGAAAGAAGUCUUUGCGAAAGAAACUGGAUUCACUAGGAAAGGAGAAAAACAAAGAUAGAGAAUUCAUCCCACAGGCAUUUGGAAUGCCCUUAUCCCAAGUCAUUGCAAAUGACCGGGCUUAUAAACUCAAGCAGGACUCGCAGAGGGACGAGCAAAAGGACGCAUCUGAUUUUGUGGCUUCCCUCCUCCCAUUUGGAAAUAAAAGACAAAACAAAGAACUCUCAAGCAGUAACUCAUCUCUCAGCUCCACCUCGGAAACACCAAAUGAGUCAACGUCCCCGAAUACCCCAGAACCGGCUCCUCGGGCCAGGAGGAGGGGCGCGAUGUCAGUGGAUUCUAUCACAGAUCUUGAUGACAAUCAGUCUCGCCUGCUAGAAGCUUUACAACUCUCCUUGCCGGCCGAGGCUCAGAGUAAAAAAGAAAAAGCCAGAGAUAAGAAGCUCAGUCUGAAUCCUAUUUACAGACAGGUCCCCAGGCUGGUGGACAGCUGCUGUCAGCAUCUAGAAAAACAUGGCCUCCAGACGGUGGGGAUAUUCCGAGUUGGAAGCUCAAAAAAGAGAGUGAGACAAUUACGCGAGGAAUUUGACCGUGGGGUCGAUGUGUCUCUGGAGGAAGAGCACAGCGUUCAUGAUGUGGCUGCCUUGCUGAAGGAGUUCCUGAGGGACAUGCCGGACCCCCUUCUCACCAGGGAGCUAUACACAGCCUUCAUCAAUACUCUCUUGUUGGAGCCCGAGGAACAGCUGGGCACCCUGCAGCUCCUCAUCUACCUUCUACCUCCCUGUAACUGCGACACGCUCCACCGUCUCCUGCAGUUCCUCUCCAUGGUGGCCAGGCAUGCCAACGACAACGUCAGCAAAGAUGGGCAAGAGGUCACCGGGAACAAAAUGACUUCUCUCAACUUGGCCACUAUAUUUGGACCCAACCUGCUGCACAAGCAGAAAUCAUCAGACAAAGAAUUCACCGUCCAGAGCUCAGCCCGGGCUGAGGAGAGCACGGCCAUCAUCGCUGUGGUACAGAAAAUGAUUGAAAAUUAUGAAGCCCUGUUCAUGGUUCCACCGGAUCUCCAGAAUGAAGUGCUGAUCAGCCUGCUGGAGACUGACCCCGACGUGGUGGACUACUUACUCAGGAGAAAGGCCUCCCAAUCAUCAAGCCCUGACAUGUUGCGAUCGGAAGUUUCCUUUUCUGUGGGAGGAAGGCACUCAUCCACCGACUCCAACAAGGCCUCCAGCGGAGACCUCUCCCCCUAUGACAACAACUCCCCAGUGCUGUCUGAGCGCUCCUUGCUGGCUAUGCAAGAGGAUGUGGCCCCGGGGGGCUCAGAGAAGCUUUACAAAGGGCCGGAGCAGUAUGUACUGGUGAGCCACUUGCCAUCGUCGAAAUCAAGGGAGAGUUCUCCUGGACCAAGGCUUGGCAAAGGUAUGUCGGAGGAGCCUUUCAAUAUCUGGGGAACUUGGCAUUCAACAUUAAAAAGUGGUUCCAAAGACCCAGGAAUGACAGGUUCCUAUGGAGACAUUUUUGAAAGCAGCUCCCUACGCCCGGGGCCGUGCUCCCUCUCUCAAGGGAACCUGUCCCCGAACUGGCCCCGGUGGCAGGGGAGCCCCCCAGAACUGGAAAGUGGCACGCAGGCCAUCCGGAGGACUCAGACCACGGCCACCGUGGGGGGGUGCGGGGCCUGCCCUCCGGGGUCCCGCGUGUGCAGCACGCCCCACAUCCGGGGCGGCAGAAGGUCGGAGCAGGCCGCACCCAAGGCAGAGCAGUACUUGACUCUGAGCAGCGCCGAAGACCUCACCGAGAGUGAGCUGGAUGUGGCCUGGCUGCAGAGCAGAGCCAAGCCUUCGCACCAGAGACCUCUCGAGAGUGAGAAGCAUGACAAGAGGCCUCCUCCUCCUUAUCCUGGUCCAGGGAAGCCAGCUUUGGCCUCUUCCCACCAGCCUGCAGAGCCACUGUUGUGGAGGCCUCAGAGGCCCGAAGAAGGUUCCAGAACAGCUUUGGAAGAGGGAAGCCAAACAGCUGAGCGAGAGCAUCAGGCCGCUGAGCAGAAACUGAGCAGUGCCUACUCCAGUUCCGCCAGCGACCAGAACAGUAAGACUUUGGGUGAACCCAACUGGCUCGAUUGGCAGAGGGAGCGGUGGCAAAUCUGGGAGCUCUUAUCGACCGACAACCCCGAUGCCCUUCCGGAAACGCUGGUAUGAGCCCACCCAAGCUUGCGCCCCCACAUCCCAAACAGCCUUCUCUCACUCAGUAGGGAAAAAAGUUGGUGUUGGACAAUUGGACACUUACUUAGCUUUCUUCUUUAACACUUAAAAAAAAAUCACACAGGAGAAACCCAGUUCACUUAAAGAUAUAGAGCACUCGUACCCUGGCCAUUUAUAAUACAGUUCUAUUGCAUAGCCAGCCGUAGGACAAAACAAAAACAAAAAAGGAUGGUGAUAUCCAAUCUAUUAACUAUUCACGUUGGCUCUGUAGAAGAUACAACUCUCGCUUCUAUAUAGCUUAGUCGUAUUUAUGUGACUUCAGUUUUGACUGUUGUAUAUUCUGUAACAGAUUAUGUAUGAUAAUCAUAUAUGUUAUAUUCACAGAAACAGAAAGAACAAUUUUUUUUAAAUCACUUCACUUAUAGUAAGUAACGAGAUUCUAUAGAACGUUCUAGAAUAUGCACAAGCAGGUUUCUGUGCUUUUGCCAUAGCUUUUUAAGUGAAGACAGCCCUUCCUUCAAUGCUUAGGGGAAAACACUAACAAGACAAACAAAACAGAAUAUGCCAAGCCAUAUUUUUAUAUAGUAGUGAGAUACAGAAAAACAUGUAGUCACCGAACGCUUUUUCUUAUUGAAUAUGUUUUAAGGAAAAUGUUGAAUUUGAUACAUUAUGGAAUAUAUUUUUAGAGUCUGUUUAGAAAGGAUUCAGUUAAUCAAACAAGAGAAAGGCCGUGCCUAACAAAGAAAGAAUAAUUAAGAAGUUCCCAUCUUAGAUCAAAUUCAGUUUUAUAGAGACCAUAUAUAAUAUAUAUUUAUAAUGUAUAAUUUUUAUGUAUUUUUCAAAACCACAAACUGGAACCCAACUAUAAAGUGUUUAAGCAUCCAAACAGAGAAUUCAAAUUACAGAACCAAGUUUUUCCUUUUGCCCCGUAGUCAGUAUUACCCAAAUUUUAUGCGAUGCUUUGUGAAGUAAGUCAUGUUUGGAAAAAAACUACAGCUUUGUAUUUACAUCGUGCCAAAAGCUGAAGACUUGUUUUCUUCCGUAAUUUUGUGUGUGUAUCUACAAUGCUCCUACCAGCCUAUCAGCAGUUUCAAGUUUUUCAACCGCAAAACCAAUUCUGACCAGCAGGUGGCGAUUCGCUUCAGUGUUUCGAGAUUUUUUUUUUUCCACUUCAUAAGGGAAUGUGUAUUAUAGAAAAAGAUUUUUUUUUUUAAUGAAACAUGCUACUCUUAAUUCUCAUGUCGACAGUGACAUUUUCAGUGGUGUUUCUUAAAGUUCUAUCUUGUGCCAUGAUGAAUAAAAAGUUAAACAAAG